AUGGUGUAACUUAUAACAAGUUCAUGUUGAAAGAAGCUUCCAUUGUAAUUGACAACUUUAGAAGGGCACAGGUGCAAACCUCAUUAAAUAUGUCACCCCCUAAACUUAAACUAUCGCCAUUUGUUUUUUUUUUUUAAUCCCCACACUGUCCUCUAGAUAACCUUAUAAAGCCCAGAGGAAGUGAAAGUGCACAGAGCACUGCAACUGAACAAAAAAAAUUAAAGAACCAUCAACAAACACCAACCUCAGUUGGUUGAAAGCUUCUUUCAAACUCUCUCUCUCUCUCUCUCAUUCCUCGUCUCUCCCUCAUCAUCACCAUCAUUGUUAUUCUCCAAACUCUCAAGAAAGAGAGAGAGAGAGAGAGCAAUGGGAAAUUGCCAAGCUGCAGAGAUAUCAGCAGUAGUGAUCCAGCAUCCAAACGGGAGAAUAGAGAGGCUGUAUUGGCCUACAACUGCUGAGGAGAUCAUGAAGAGCAAUCCUGGUCAUCAUGUUGCUUUGGUGACUAUCUGUGUCGCUCAAGAGAAGCAACAGGAGAAUAGUAAUGGCCAUGUUCGAUUUACUCGUGUUCGGCUACUUAAGCCUAAAGAUAUGCUCUUGGUUGGCCAAGUUUAUCGCCUCAUUACCUCCCAAGAGGUGAACAAGGCAUUGAAGGCUAGGAAGCUAAAGAAGAUAAAGCAGGCGCAAUCAAGAACUGAUUCAGGACCAGCAGGCGUAAUGGAAUCAGAUAUAAUAGUAAAUCACCAGGAAGAAAACCAAGAACGAGAUGGGCAAAAGAGUACAGCAGCAGCGGGCUCAGGAUCAAGAGCUAGGCAUUGGAGGCCGAAGCUGCAGAGCAUCUCAGAGAGUGUGAGCUGAGCAGUUGAUGCAUGCUUUCAAGGUUUGCUAGAAGAAAGAAGAGGAAUUCUUUUCUCAUAGAGUUUUAGUUAUGGAUGGGGUUCAUGAAAUCAGUAUGUGUACAGUGUGGACAAGUGAAAAACUGAUUUCACAUCAGUAUCCAUAAGAGGUUGUGAUGCCUGGGAUUAUUGUACGGUUGUUUCUUUUUUACAGAACUGGUAGUCAAACGCAGGAUGGUCUCAGAGGCUUUAAAACUAGAUGGUCUCAGAGAUUUUAAAACUAGCAGAAGAUAUAAAUUAUUCUUAGAAACUCUUCAACUACUUUUUGGGUAA